UCCCCGCGCCCCGAGCAGGCGGAGGCGGGCCAGGUGGGGCGCCGGGCCAUGGGGCUCCCGUCGCGGGCCAGCCCCUCCACCAGACAGGCGCCCCCGGGGCCCGCAGCAGCAGCAGCCCCGACGGUCGGUGGCGGCGCCGGCAGCCUGGCCCGGCGAGCGGCGGAGGUCAGCGGAGGAGCGCAGCGGCGGCGGGAGGAGGAGGAGGAGGACUGGGAGGACUGGGAGGACUUCUCGGAGCUGCCGGAGACGCGCAGCAUCGCUUCCGACGACUCCUUCUGCUGCUGGUCGCCGGACGAGUCGGAGCCCGACAGCCCCGAGCCGCUGAGCCUCUUCCGCGCCUGCUGCACCAACAACGCCGUCGUCCUGCGCGCCCUCAUCCGCCAAGGCCCCGACCCGGACGACGUGCGGGAGACCGACCGCAACAAGCGGGACAUAUUACUAUUACACAUUAUUUACUGAAUUAUUAUCCUGGUCUUGAUAUUGAGAAAAGAAAUGUCUUUGGAUUUACUGCUCUCAUGAAAUCUGCAAUGCAAGGCCAAAUAGACUGUAUCAGAGCCUUAAUGUUGGCAGGUAUGAAGAAUUCCUCUGCUUUGUUAUCCCCUCCCCACAAACCACUGUAAAAAUUCAUCCCCCCCUCCCCUACUGCAGAUGCAGUUCCUGAGCGGUGUUCCAAAGGAGACAGCAUAACUGUGCUGAGGAGGCAAAUGGUGCUACUAUGUGAGAGGAAAAUCACAUCCCCCAAGUUUGGUCAGUACGCCCUGCAGUAGAAACUUGGUGUUGCCAACAAAACUGCAUCAAGUCCAUUGUCUUGGGCUUUUAAAGUGCAAAGCUUCCAAGAACAUGGAGUAAGGCCUUUAAUGAGUUUGUUCUUUUAAAA